AUGGCUGAUGAUCCGGAUUCUUGGUCGAUACCUGCAGAGGGAACGAAGGACUCGGACGUGGAGAAGUGCGACAGCUGCGAAGAUGGUGACAGUGCGACGGGUUCGCUGCUCACGGAACUCGACUCGCAGCUCCUGCGCGGCGUGUCCCUGGCUGUGACUUUGAGCGGCUUCGGCCGGCAUUGGUCCUCCACAGCCGGGACGACAACAAUGUACCAAACUGGUCCCCAGAUCUACAACUUGAGCUCCGUGGUGAAGGAGUUUGAUACCUUCUUGAGCCACGACUGGCAAACAAAUCGCUGGUUGAAGGUCUUGGCGCUGCUGUGGAUCUUCAACCUUCGUGCUGCCACCGUCAUCUCCUUGUGCUUCAGUAUCUGCUGGGGCACGGUGCUAGGACUCCACUGGCUGCCAGACGAAGCUUGGUACAUCUUUUUUCCGUGGUGCGUCUUUUUUCUGGUGCUCCUUUCUUGGCAGCGGCUACGAAGCCUGGUCCUUCCAAAAAUGGUCUUCAUGGACAAACUUUGUAUCGCCCAACAUGAUGCGAUCCUCAAGGCGCAAGGCAUCGUCGGAUUGGCGGCAUUCCUGGACCGCUCCAAGACCUUGACGAUCUUAUGGUCUCCCAAAUAUUUCACGCGGCUGUGGUGUAUCUAUGAGUUAGCCACCUACCUCCGCCAGCGGGAGCACAAACCAGUGAAGUUGAUGCCGGUCGCAAUGUCAGUGGUGAUGCUACUGAUGUGUAUUGGUGGUAUGCUUCUCAUGACACCCUACGAGCUCGGCUACUACUACUAUUACUUGAAGGAAAAAAACAUCAGGUACGUGCGCGGCUCACAGGGUGGAAUCCAUUGGCCUGCCAUGGUCCGAACGGUGGCCAUGAUUGUGGCCGUUGCGGUGGUGCUGGUCCCGGUGGUGUUCUGGGUUGGCAUUCACGUUAUGCGAGAUAUACAGAAUCUGAAAGAUCAACUUCAAGACUUCAGCAUCCGCAAGUCCAAGUGUUUCUGCUGCUGCCAUGAGCACCAGCAUCCGGAAACUGGAGAGCAUCUGCCAUGUGAUCGGGUCCUGGUGUACAAGAUGUUGAAGAUUUGGUAUUCCACUGAAGGAAAGGACUUCUUAGACAGCUUCGAUGACGUGGUGCGUGCGGAGCUGAGUGCUGUGGCGCUGCAGGGGGCCAAAAAAGCCCAGCUACCAUUCCAGGAUGUUGUCUACUUAGCUAUGGCAAUCUCUGCCACAGAACUUCAGAAAGCUGUGCAGGGCUUUGUUCAGGAGGCAAACUUUCAGGGCUUUCCAGAUGGUUUGGUGAUGAUUCAGGCAGCCUUUGAGUUUUUGGCGAAGUUUUUCCUCAACUACCUGACCAUUUGGUUGCUCUACUUGUGGCUGAUCUUCGAACUUUGCAGUUUUGGGCCUUAUCUGAUGAAACGCACCAACUGCAGUUGGUCCCGGCUGUUGGCGGCACUUGUGUUGUCGCUGGUGAUGUUUCUGACGUUUGGCAGCUUUUGGUUCAUCACCAACCUGAUCAACGCCGUGGUGCGGGAACAUUUUGCCGACAAUCUGCCGAUGUUUAGCAGCCUGUUCCGGCUGCUUUGGCUGCUACUCCCGCUAGGCUUGCUGCGGUGGAAUCGCAGACGAGCUGGACUUUGA